UGGCCGUAGCCAUCAGUGUACAUUCAUGGCAGCGCUAUUCCAAAAACAACAAAGUGUAACAUGUAAUGCCACGGUAGUUUAAAUGGUUGAUGGUGAAACAAGUAAUUCGCUCUCAUCCGUUUUGGGACUUCAAAAGGUUGAGUUUGCUACACUUGGCUUCCAGACUUCAAUCAUCCCCCGGAUUGAGGUGUCAUGGCCGCUGUUUACUGAACUGCAAGUUUAGGAGGCUUUUUAAGUUAAUAUGAAACAGAAUAUCAAAAUGGAAAGCCAGUAUGUCAACAAUGACAAAGGGAACUGGUGCAAAAGACUCCGCACAAGAAAAGACACCACUCGGCACUCAAAAGCUGAUAAGACUGAAAACAACAGUGUGCACCAGAGAGAGCAAUCUGAUCGUAAAAUAUCUGCCCUGCGGUCCCCCAAAAAACAGCCGAAUCAGCAUGCAACAGACAUAACCAAGCACCCACCCACGCCUCAGCAUGAGAGCCGCAGUAGCAGCGCAGUGUCUAGUGAGCUGAAGACAUCUGAAGAAGUUCACAAAGCAAGCUCGCCGUCUGCUCCCCCCGCUAACGCCUUGGACACUCUGCAGAGUGGACUCUCGCCUCAGGGGCAGGGGGUUUGUGAAGACGUCAAGCACACAAUCCCGCAGCUGACUGAAAGCCUCUGUGCCCCCCACAGCCUUGAUGGGGUGUUUACCUGUGUGAGGUGUAAUCUCUAUACGAAAGACAUUGGGACUUUUUUGCAACACACACAUGUCAGACACGAACCGCAACUGUCUGGGGACGCCAAAGACGUGCGCGCAGGCCAAAGCGACGAUUUAAACAGUUACCUCUCGCUCACCUCGACGGGACAUCCCCUCAAGUAUGAGUUUGACUCGCAAAAACCUUCUCAGAACGAUUACCUGAAGCACAAGGCAGCUGUUGCCGGGAAAGAAAAAGAAAGAAAGUAUGUCUGGAGGAAGAAGCACAUUCAGCCAAAGGUGGAAGACGAUGAAUCAGCUGGACUUAAGCUACAUCUGAAAAAGCACCCACUAAAAGCAGAGUCCUGGAUGGCUCGGGGGUAUCUCUCUCUGUCAGGGGAGGGGAUGCUAGAUGAAAAUGGCCUUCUGCUGAAUCCAAAAGAAACUCUAGAGGCAACCAACAAGUAUCUUGAGAGGACUAUUGCGGCUGAAAAAAGUGGCAUGAAGACCACAAUAAAAGAAGAACUCAAAAAUCUCAGCCGGCCCGUUACGCCAGCAUCACUGCUGUUACCAAAAAAUGUCAUAUCGUUGCCUCCAGAAGCUGUUAACCCCAGCAAUAACGAUCUGGCUGUCCUCAUGGAAAGAAAUAAUAUCUCCCUCCCUCCCAAUUGCACCACUAAAGUUCAGGGGUUUAAGAUGGUGGAUGGCAAAAAACAUUUGGUGCUGAAAGUCACGCCGGCACCAAAGGAAGAAAUCGCAGACGUGGUUGAGUCAACACCAUGUCCCACUGAAGGCAUUUUGAGCAGCACUACAAGCGAGCCUCAAAUUCUUGACCAAAGUGAUCCAGCCUAUUCUGUAAAACAGCCCCAGGCAUGUAACGGGAUUUCAGCACAUGAAGUAAUCAGCACAUAUUCUCCCCCGUUUGGAAAGACCGACGCAGACUGUAGUCCCUUGGAAAAACCUGCACACGGUCAGUGUGAAGACCAGGGGUUCUGCAAUGGACCAAAUCAGGGAUGCAACGACAAUCAUUGUCUUAAUCAAGAUGUGGCUGAGGAUAGUCACAAAGCAGGUGACAAUAUGCCAAGCUCAGCACAGGAGGUGAGGAAGCAACCGCGUGCAAAGAAGACUCUCCUCAUGCCCGUUAUGGCACACACAGUCUCUGACGGCUCCUUAGGUUUGCUGCACAAGGCUGAUCAGCCCUCCAUGGAUAAAGUAAACGCUACCGUAGAUGUGAUUGAUGAGUGUCUCUCUCCAGCUGCAGAGGGGGAUUCCGGCUCCGAAUCUGAUGGAGGCUUUCCAGGCCUGCCGUCUCCUCCAGAGGCUGACACACUUCCUGCCUCUCCCCGCUGGUCGUGCGGGGAUGGAAAAGAACAUUCCCAUACCGAUGACGGCACAAGCAGCACGGACAUCAGGGAGUCUCAAGUCCCGGAAAAUAACGCAGAUGGUUCUGGGGUCUCUGGAACAGCUGAGUCAGUGAAAUCGCUGCAGGGUUCCACUGUUUCAAUCCAGACCACUUGUCCUCAGAACAGUGAGACUCUAUGUUCUGUAUCAUCUCCUGAUGUCACACCAGAGCCUAUUACCGAACUGAGGACUGUUCAGCCUCUGGCCUGCACUCAAGAUGCAGUGGAAAAACCUGGUCCUCAGGAGCUGUCGACCCAAAGGACUGAAAUGGCAGUAAACAAGAGGCCGAGGGACUCAUCCCCUGAUUGCUGCGACGAGCGACCAGCCUCCAAAGCCAGGAGGGAUGUUGACUCUGGCUCUUCUUCCACAGAAACUGGUUGCUGGGAGCCGUCCCCCCGGCACAUGGAGAAGACCCUCCGGCUCUUCCCCCUCAGCUUCUUCCAGCUCAUCAAGAAGCCGCAGGGGGACCAGCCCGUCGUUGUGCUCAACCACCCCGAUGCCAACAUCCCUGAGGUGGCCAACAUUAUGCGCGUGGUCCACAAGUACGGCAACGAGGUCCAGAAAGUGGUGCUGUGCCAACAGACGCUGAAGGCCCUCUCGGGCUUGGAGAUCGACAGGGGGGCUUCCUUGCCCGCGUCCGUCAGCGCCCCUCUUUCACCGCGUCGCGCCCAACCCGGUAACACGGUCAAGGAGAGGUUCUCGUUGAAGCUAAAGUUGAGGAGGUCUGGCCAGAACGCAUACCAGGUGGUGAACGCAGGGGGACACCAGUCCUUGCGGUGCUGGUUUUGUGGCCGUCUCUUCACCAAACAGGAGGAUUUCAUCUGCCACGGUCAGAGGCAUUUAAUGGAAGCCACCAGUGAUUGGAGAAGCUGGUUUAAAAGCCAAUGAGAGCAAAUAAGCUUGAUUUUCCCAUAUAAUGUUGAGCAUUAUGUUAAUCCAGAAACCUCAGGAUGAUUUUAUGUAAUGUAACAGUGUGGGAAAACACCAUAGUUUCAGUUACUUGAGAGAUGGAUUGAUGUCCUUUAGUUAGGUAGUCUGUCCUACCUCGUCAUAGUUCUCAAAACCAUGUAAAGCUCAAAUAGAAAUUGAAUUAUGACUUGAAUUGAUUUUAUUUAUACCACAACACAAACGUUGCUCAAGUUUUGUGGUACACCAACUGUAUUUGCUUUAUUUAAUUUUUUGUCUACGCUGUUAGACUACUAUUUUGCAAUUUUGUCCAGUUCUGUACGUACUGUUUGUCUAUACACUCAGGAAUGAAAAGGGCAAAACACUGUAUUUGCAUUGUUACAUAAUCCCCAGGCUUCGCUCAACUGUGUUAAUUGAGAUUCCCUGAAACACUACUUCAGGAAAUACAUCAUCAUGUUAGCAAACUGUUCUUAUUGUAUGUGUAGCUAUUUUUUUUUUCUUAUUCUCUCUUUGUAAAUUAGUUUUAUUUUUCACAUCUACAAAUGCUGAGCUUUAAUCAAAUAGAUUGUCAUAACUGUUAGGCCAGAUGUCUAUGGUGCAUUAUGUUUCAGUAAUUGACAAUCAACUAUCUGCUAAACCUAAACCUUUUUGAAUCAUGUAUAUUACCAUUUAUUUUUCAAUAGCAAAAAUCCACAAAAUGACCCACUACCAUUAUGGUUUAAGCAAAUUUACUACACUUUGGGUUACAGAGAUGAUGAUCUUGAGGUGUUUGUUGUGCUUCAGUGGCACAGAAAAAGAUGACUGAAUGUUGUUCUAUGACCAAAGUCUGUUUAGAUCACAUUGAUUAUGCAAUAGUUGUAUAGGUGAAAUAUCUUCAGGGAACACCUUCCUAGUAGCUGAAUGUGAUUAAUCUAUAGCUCCUUCUUCAUUGACUUGAAGAUGACUUAUUUAUUUUUGCACUCUGAUAAUUGCCGCACUUUUGAAUAGGCUGAAAGUCUUGCCAUGCAUUAGCUAAGUCAGAGUUGAACUUAAAGACUCGGAGAUCUACUAUGUUGACAUUGUGAGCCAUGUAACAGCAGAACCUUUAUAUUAUAAUCUGUACAACAGAACAUUACAGUCCAUGCACUGAAGAACCUUUUGCACUGAGAAAUGCUCUAGACAAUCAUCUGUCCAUAAUGCUGUUUGGUUUGGUCAACAGCUGUCCACUGUCGGGUGGAUGUAAGAGAUCAUCUUGAAGUGCCUGAAUUAGACUGAACUCAGUGAUUCUUCUUUGUACCAUCCUCUUAUGUCCCACUGUUUCUGGGCAUUAAAGUGCUGUAAUACAUUUUUUAAAUCUUA